GAACAAACCUAUAGGCAACAGGUAUUUGGUCGAAUUACGACAAUCAAAAUGGAGAAGGUGAAGGAAAAUAUAUCAGUAGCAUUAUAUAAUUUCACGAAUUCCAUGGAUAAAAAUAACCGAGGAAUACAUAUUGGCUGUUAUUCUAUUGCUACUAUUGGAUUAGCAUUGGCACUGCGGAAAGUUCGGCCUUUCAGCAAAUUCAAAAAACCGUCUGAUAUUCCCAAUAUGUUUAUCAAAGAGAAACGAGAACUUACUGGACUAGUGGAUCGCAUUGACCCUAAAGGACCUCUUUUAAUGAUUCAGCACAAACCUUUGAUAGAUAUAAGAGUUUUCACGACAGGGCAACUUCCAGUUAAGAUUUCAGGAGUGAAUGUUUCUGGCUUGGGAGUCAGUUGGUUACAGUCUGUUUUAUCAGCAAAAGAAGUGAAAUUUGUACCAGUAGUCAAAGGAAAGGAUUUUGUUGAGUGUCAAGUAUACCUAACCCAAUUGAAGAAAAUAAACAGAAAACAAGGAAAAGCUCCUAGAGAGGUGCAAGAGAUCAUAAAUAUUGGGGAAAAUAUGGUGAAAAUAGGCUUUGCAGUACCUGUUCCAAUUGAAAAGCCCCUAACAGAAGAUGUUGGUUAUUUAAAAUAUUAUGCCCAGCUACAGAAUGCAGAAAAAUAUGCUUUGCGCAAAAAACUUGGUCUCAAGUAUUAUAUCAAACCAACAAAAACAGUAUUAGUUGGCUUAUAUGCAGGAACCCUCAAUUUGGCUGGAAAGUCCAUAAGCCUCUUGAAUAGAUGGCCAAAGAUUUAUGUUUCAUGACAAAAGGAGAUACAUUUGGUUUUUGACUUUGUUAUACUGAUUUUACAAAUUUUGGCCAUAUAUAAUAUUGUAACUUUUUUCUUUUACCCGAAUCAUAAAGGAACAGCUUGGGAAGACUUUGUCCUAGUAUUUGAUAAUGCAGUUUAAUGUGCAAUAUACUCUGUUGAUUUAUAAACUAAUAAAUAUUAUUUUAUGUAGAAUAACUUUUUUCAAUGUUUCAGUGUAGGUCCUUUCCAAAGCUUUGGAAGUCAAAAAAUACCACAUCAAAUGGUUUUAAAAUGGUCUCUAUUUCUCGUCAUUUUGAGUGGCAACAUAAUUUUUUAUUAUUUUACUUUGGGAACUUGAAGAUAAGCAUAGAAUUGGAAGAGAUAUGUUGUUGAGAUUUCCUCUUUUUUGACAUAA